AUGUGGCCGAGCCUCUUUCAGCGUCUUCAGCAGACACGGGCAACGCGAGCGCGCGAGAGCACUGUAGACCGCGGGGGUCAAGCUGAGCACGUGCGACCGACUGCAGAGGGCUUCGUGGCGUCGACUUUGGAGGACAAUGAGGCGCCGACAGCAGAGGCUGGCAACCGAAUGUCGCCAACUACAGCGGCGGCUGCCUUCACGCCGGGAGGGUUAGAGCACGCUGUGACACCAAGCAGAGAGGCCGAUGUCCCUGUGCUACGUACCUCUCCGGGGGCAGAUUCGGACCAACCAGGAGCCCCCGCGCGCGUUUCGCACCGUUCGACGCCAUUUCAACCUACAGAAGACGGCUCUGCUACCGAGGAUAUGUCUGAGCGCCUGGACAGCGAUAUUUCGGCCGCUGCAGCGGUUUGCUUGGGCGAGAACUCCAGUCGCAGCGUCGUUGAGACUACAGCGUUCGACUUGACGGGACAAGCCCCACCUCGCACUCGAUAUACAGGGCAUACUUCGCGCUUUGUUGAAGUGGUGAAUAAGAAGCCGCCUGCUGCCGUGAAGGACGCUAUCGCUAGCUUCCCUGAAAUGCCUGGGUUGAAACUGAAGCCACCGUCGGAAAAAGAGACUUCCUACAUCUACAAAUGGGGACUCCGCGUUGAAGUAGUCGAGAACGGAAGCCCUACGGAACCUGCCGACGCGAAGGCACAAAUUUCACGCUUUCCUACAAUCGGACCUCGAAACCAGCAAGUCACCUCGCGUCAGUCCACGACGUAG